AUGGCGUGCGGCGACGGCGGUCUCGGCCGGCGGGUGGCGUGCGACGACGGCGGUCUCAGCCGGCGGUGCAGGGGCGGUGCUCAGGGUCUUCAGAACGUGUACUUUGCGCCGAGCCAAGAAGUAGAAAGGCUACAGAACCAAGCUGUACGUCACACAAAACUCACGCAGUUCUUCGCGCUCAACGCGACAAACGUGGCGGCUCGACAAUAUUUGUACCACGACAUACCGACGCAUUACACCUGGCAGGUGUUGGCCGGAAAGAAAUCUCGGAAAUGUCAAACAAUGGUGUCCGCGGCUGAUUCGGAUGGCAAACGUUACAUUGGCUCGGAUGUACAUAGUGAACCCACUGGACCGGGACCGUUUCCACUUGAGACUGCUACUUCUGAACCGAAGAGGCCCGCAGUCCUUUCAAGACAUAAGGACGGUGGACGGAGUCGUUCACGAAACAUUCACGGUGGCUGCGGUUGUACUCGGACUAUUGGAAGACGACUGAGCGUGGCGGGAUUGUUUGACGGAAUCGGCGACCCCUCAAACACGCUGGCGUUGUACGAGGCGAACGAAGCAAACCUGAUGGAGGACUUCGACCGGCGUCUCCAAGACAUCGACCGCGCGAGGGCCGCGUGUCUAGCAACCAUCGAGGAUCUACUUUGUGCGCACGGAAAGUCGAUAGUCGACUACGAUUUGCCCCUCGCCGACCCCUGUCUAUUGGAACCGUUGCAGGACGAUGCGCUGUUCCGAGAAAUAGACGCGGCGGCACGGUGGGCCCCACGAGUGGACGCCUUGAACGCCGAACAGCGAACGCUGUACGACCGCGUGAUAGCAGACGUCGACGACCAACGCGAGGUGUCGCGAACUUUCUUCGUCGACGGACCCGGAGGUACCGGAAAAAUCACGCUGUACGGAUGCCUGAUAUGGUCGCUUCGGCACCGACCACAGCCGCGGGAGGUGUUGUGCGUGGCGUUCACCGGUAUCGCCGCGUCGCUCAUGGACGGCGGCAUGACCGUACACUCGACGUUCGGACUGCCUUUCGGCACGCUGACCGAAGACUCGACGUCCAACAUCACCAUGCAGUCCGAGCGAGCGCAGAAGAUACGCAACGCGGCGCUCAUCGUCUGGGACGAAGCCCCCAUGUCGCCGGGACUGCAACUGACGGUGGUGGACCGCCUGCUCAGGGACGUCAUGGUAUCAGAAUUGCCGUUCGGCGGUAAAACCAUGCUGUUCACCGGCGACUUCAGACAGAUAUUGCCCGUGAUCCGGAGAGGGACGAGAGCCGAUAUCGUCAUGUCGUCGAUCAAGAACAACGGUCUUUGGAGCGUCAUGGAGCGCUUCAAUCUGGUCCAGAACAUGCGCGUGGGCAACGACGCGGACUUUGCGUCUUGGUUGCUUCAGCUCGGCAACGGCCAACUGCCCGCGGUCGACGGCGUUCCGGACACCGUGCAAAUCCCGCGGAAAAUGGUAUGCGACGUCGCUGAUUUAAUCGAUUUCGUGUAUCCGCAGCAAAUAUCGUUGGCCAACGUCGAAGAAUUUGCUCGGAGAGUCGUCGUCUGUCCCACCAACGAAGGUGUCAACGGGGACGUGCUGGAGCGCGUCGACGGUAAUCCGAAGACCUACGAGGCCGUAGACACCAUGAUGGCGAACGAGGCCGACGAAGUGGCACACAGAGUUCCUCAACAGUUUGGAACCGGACGGCCUGCCGCCGUUCCGGCUGACGUUGAAGUUGGGGUGCAUCGUGAUGUUGCUCAGAAAUCUCGAUCCGAGGAGCCGACUGUGCAACGGUACGAGGACGACGACAUCGUCGUGCCCAAGAUACCGCUCACGUCCAGCGGUGAGGACGACCUGCCCAUCUCACUGCGGCACCUUCAAUUCCCGGUGAGGUUGUCGUUCGCCAUGACCAUCAACAAGUCGCAGUUAUUCUACAUGUGCCCGAUGUUCAAAGAUGAUGAUGAUAGUCUAGCAGCAGCACGUCUGCCGUCGUCCCUGCGGCUCGACUACUGCUGCCCUUCUGAAAAUAAUUUGUUUUAUUAG